UUAAUUGGUAUACUCAGCUAAGGCUAUAGCUUUAUUCUGUUCAUGGAUCAGCAGCAGUACCCUAGUAGUAGUUCAUGUAGAGCUGACAGAAAAACCAUUGAGAAGAACAGGAGGAAUCAGAUGAAAGCCCUAUACUCCGAGCUCAACUCUCUUCUACCCCAUCAUCAACACUCAAGGGAAGUGACUUCUUUGCCAGAUCAAAUAGAUGCAGCUGUGAACUAUAUUAAGAAGUUGCAGACCAACUUGGAGAAGUUGAGGGCGAAGAAAGACAGACAUAUGGGAGUAGAACGGAUCACCAAUAACAGAAAUGGAGCUUAUGGUAGUGGACCAAAUGGAUCACCUCAGAUCGAGAUACGUGAAAUAGGUUCGGCUCUAGAUGUUGUUCUGAUAACUGGAUUGGAUUUUCAGUUCAUGUUUGAGGGGGCGAUUCGUUUGCUUCUUGAAGAGGGAGCUGACAUUGUAAAUGCCAGUUUCUCAGUUGUUGAGGAUACCAUUUUCCAUACCAUACAUUCUAAGAUCGAAGAGUGUGCACCAGGCACGGUAGCUGCAAGGAUAUCCGACAGACUAAGGAAGUUUGUGAACGAAGCUAGCAGUACUGCAUUUUGAAGCCUUUACAUGAUCAUUCUCUGUUGCAAUAUAUGUAUUAGAGACAUUUCUAGCUAUAUAU